GAAUACAAAACAUACGAGUUAUUACGGUCUUUUUUGUCAGAGCCCUACAAUUUUUCUGGAAUAAAAUUUUAAUACGAAAUUUUCAAAGAAAGCAUUCGGUUGCAUAGCAAAAAUGCGAAAAGCACGGUUUUUUUUGUUAGAGUCCUAAAAUAUUUCUGGAAUAAAAUUUUAAUACGAAAUUUGUAAACGGUUGCAUAGCAAAAAUGUCAGUAGCCUGUACAUUGGGAGAGAGGAUUUUCCUCGUUUGUGUGUUUCUAGCGAUCGGUGUCGAGUUCGGAGUAGACGGUCACUCAUUUAUGUUCUUGAAAGGUGCCAAGAAGUGCCACGAUGUGUGUCCCAUGCGCUACCAAGUGGUGUGUGCCCUGGAUGUCCUAGACGGCUGCCUGCGCACCUUUGCCAGUACCUGCGUGAUGCGAAUGUACAACUGCAAGUACCAGAAGGAUUACCGCAUUAUAGCGGAGCGAGCCUGUCAGUUAAUCAGCGACGACGAACUCGACAGGAUGACCAUCUAGCGGCCGGUUGCGGAGGCUGUGGACGCCAGUGACACAGUGCGCACGCGUCGUAUACGCAACGUGCGAAUGCCCGCGUGCGAAGGUGAACGGGCCAGGAUAUACCACAAUAUAUACUCUCUGGACUCUCAGACUCAAUCUCUAAGCACGCGUCACGUCACCUCCGCGAAGGAUUAUCGCAAAUUUCUUCUCCGUUUUUUCCCAGCAAAGCUUUCCUUUUUGUACAACUCAAUUUACAUUUUAAAACAAAUAAAUAUCAUCUAGUAGAAUAAAUUAA